AUGAAGUGGAGUGUGUGGAAUGUGAGGGGUAUGAAUAAAAGGUAUAAGCAUAAGGAGAUUAGGCUGCUUCUACAACAGAAUAAGACUUCUUUAGCAGGGUUAAUUGAAACAAGAGUUAAAGAGACUAAUAGCAAAGCUACUUUAAAAGCAAUUGCUCCAGGAUGGAAGAUCAUACACAACUAUAAGGAGUCUGCAAAUGGUAGAAUAUGGAUAGUAUGGGAUGGCAGCUGGUAUGAUAUCAAGUUAAUAAGAAGCUCAGCUCAAAUGGUUCAUUGUCAGGUAAAUGAAAGAAGCAAAGGGUAUCAGUUUAAUCUCACAGUGGUUUAUGGAUACAAUACCUUAGAAAUGAGGAGAAGCUUAUGGACUGAAUUGAAGAUGGUAGCUCAUAGUGUUUCAGAGCCAUGGCUCAUAAUAGGAGACUUUAAUGCUAUUUUAUCUCCUCAAGAUAGAUUAGCUGGAGUUCCUGUUACUUUGAAUGAGAUCAAGGAUUUUGAAGAAUGUGUUAAAGAUAUGGGAAUUACUGAAGUUGGUAAUGCCAGAAUUGCUAGCAGAAUUGAUAGAGCCUUUGGGAAUGAUUGUUGGAUGGAUAAAUGGGGUCAUGCUAUUCUAGAAUAUGGGAAUCCAGGUGUGUCUGAUCAUAGCACCAUGCACUUGCUACUUCAUCAGAGUUAUCAUCAGAUUAGAGUGAGUUUUAAGUUCUUUAAUGUUUGGAUUGAACAUGAAUCCUUUAUGGAACUGGUGGAUACAAUUUGGAAGCAGGAAUAUGGAAGUGAAGUAAUGAGAGGAAUAUGGUACAAGUUGAAGGCACUCCAGCCAGUCUUGAGGCAAUUGAAUAAGAGAGAGUUCCAAUACAUAGGCCAAAAGAUUGAGAAGGCAAGAAGUGAACUUGAAGAUCUUCAAGAGAAGCUUUAUAACCAAGCACAAGAUGAUCUAGUUAUUAAAGAAAAGGAGUUAUUAUAA